AUGGAUAUCACUUCCACUACCACGACCACUCCCACGAUCGUCCUCAUCCACGGUGCCUGGCACCAAUCAUCUUCCUACUCGUCAUUUACUACCGCUCUCCGCCGUCUCGGCUACGAAGUGCACGUCCCCCGCCUUCCCUCAAUGAAUGGUAUCCGCCCUCCAAACGCCGGUCUCGAAGAAGACAGUAACUCUAUCCGCACCUAUGUGGAGAGUCUCGUCUCCGCUGGCCGUGAGGUUUUGGUCUUACUCCAUUCUUACGGUGGUCAGGUUGGCACGAACGCCUUAUCCAACGGCCUGGGGAUCACUACUCGUCGUGCGCAGAGCCUCCCCGGAGGUAUCAUCCAGCUCAUAUAUAUCGUUGGUUUUGCCGUUACCGAAGGAAUAUCCAUGAUUGAUGUCGUCGUCUCGCAUGGCCACGGAGAUCUAAUGGAUCUGGCUUUUGACUUCUCGGCCGAUCGGACCUGUGUUUCUCGAGAUCCUAAGAACCUUAUAGUCGGACCCUCUGAGAGAUCCGACGAGGAGGUCGACGCCUAUAUUGCUACCUUUCAGCGAUGGAAUGGGAAUGGAUUCGACGCUAAGCUGCAGCACGUCGCAUGGCGAGAUGGCGGCAUCCCGCAAAUCGGGUAUAUCUGUUCGACUCAGGAUAUGACGGUACCCUUGGAGUACCAGAAAGGCUUUAUUAAGACGAUGCAAGAUGCUGGAUGUCAGGUGCGCACCUGGGAGUUAGAGACAGGCCAUUGUCCCUUGUUCACCAAGUGUGAGGAGGUGGUGGAAAUUGUCCACGAACUCGCAGCGGGAAAGUAG